UGAAGGCGGUGGCAAUGAUGGGAGGGGCAGGGUGAGGUAGAGAGUGCGUAGCAGCCCAAGGCGGAACCACACACCUGCUGUGCUGUCACUUAUUGGCUAGCCGGGAGGACCUUGACCAACCGGGAGCUGCCUGGUCGUCAUGGCAACAGGACACGCUAACGCUGGUGUCAGGGAGGCUGACUUUCUGACUGCGCAGGGACUAUGGCCCAGAACUUGUAUGGUCCUGGAGUCCGGAUGGGCAACUGGAAUGAAGAACUCUGCCUGGAGGAGGAGCGCAUGAGAGACUUCCUAGAGAAGAGGGAGAAGGGAGAACUUCUUUUACAGAGAAACAGAAGGCUGAAAAAGAUCAUCUUGAGACCGAUGGAACUUUCAGUAUCCCAAGAUGGAUUUGUCCACUAUGGCGACAAAGUGAUGCUUGUGAAUCCUGACCACCCCCGGUGGGAGGAAGCUGGCGUGUUUAUGGAAGGAGACCUGUGCCUGUGUAUGAGCCCCGAUGAAGUUAAAGCCCAGCUAUAUGAUGAAUUUGAAACGCCCUGUGGAGUGAGUGCUGUUCGGACCACAGCACCGAAUGGCAGGAAUACCUUCACCAUCUUGAGUGACAGCAGAAGCAGUGAUGGUGUGGGCCAAGUCCUUAGAUACGGGCAGGACUUCUGCCUCGGGAUAGCUGCAGGACCGGAAUUCAAGACGCUGUAUUUAUCAAGUGACCACAGGACCCUUCUGAAGUCUGCUAAGAAGUCCUGCCUCCAGGAGGUGACUCUGACAGACGAGGUCUCCCAUCUGAACAGCUGGCAGGCUACCUUCCUCGACCCCCAGCUGCGCCUGGAAUAUGAAGGCUACCCAGUCAGGGCAAAUGAAAAACUUGUCAUCUAUCAUCGUCAUACAAACCGAGCCCUGGCAACCCAUCGGCAUCUCUCCUUAAGGACCUAUUUUGGGAAGGAAGUUGAGGUUGCAGCUCAUACGCAUAUGGAUUCACGCAGAGUUGAAAAGCCCAGGAACCACUGGAUGCUAGUUACUGGGAAUCCCAGGAACAAGUCGACCACCAUGCUGGACCUCCCCAAGCCACCCUCAGAUGAUACCCGUGCCGUGGAGCAGGUCAUGGGCAUCAACACAUAGUGACACACCAGGCAUACAUGUGGCCUCUCAGGCUCUGCUCUCAUCACUUGUAGGUCUUAAAAGAAAUGAAUAAUCUUGGUUGUGCCCUAAGCAGUUUUUCAGUAGGGCGCAGAACUCCCUGAACCCAGUAGUAAAAGAAAUACCUUAUGAAACUUAUUGAAUUAGUGAUGGGGAGCCAACCUGUAGGGGGUAAAUAGUGUUUGAAAAUAAUAGUAUUUGCAGUAAUCAGCUUUUGUUGAUAUCCUAAUUAUGAAGAACUCAGUGCCUCCACUCAGAAUCCCUUGAUUCAAAGGUCCUGCAAGGUCUAGUCUCCUUUCCAAGGUUGUGUGUAUGUAAUAAAAAUGUCAGAAGUUUAUGGAUGUUUUGGCAUUGCUC